AUGCUGAAGCGCAAGCGCGAGAUCUAUGAGGAGGUUGAUAGCGAUGCUGAUUACGAGGACAGUGACGCGGAGCUCGACCUCGAUGUUUUCGGCAUGGGCUGGGGCCUGGGUGAGGGUGAUGACAAGACAGUGGCCGGGGCGGACAAGGAGGCCGACGCGAAGAAGAGGUUGAAGGCCAUUAGUUUCCCGGACAUGGAUGCGGAUGGUUUGCCCUCCAGCUACAUCAUCAAGGUGGUGAACUGCCUGGGCAAGUGGGCCGCGAAGGUUCAGGCUGUGACAGACCAGCUUGCGGAGGUGAAGAGGAUCCAGAAGAGGGCCGCAGACAUUGCCGCCGGCAUCGAGAAAACGACGGAGGCGAUCCAGAGCAAGCAAGCAGACAGUGUGCUGAACGAUGUCGGGUUCACGCUAGCGCAGCAGGAUGAGCUGAAGAAGCUGUUCGACACUGCGAAGAAGCAGCCACCUGACAGCUCUUAG